GCGUUCUCACUGUACACAAUGUCUUAUACUCUGGAGCAAAUUGCUGAUCACAAAACCACAGCUUCAUGUUGGGUCAUCAUCAGAAACAAAGUAUAUGAUGUGACUGGUUUCUUGUUCGACCAUCCUGGAGGUGCUCAGGUAAUACUAAGGUACGGUGGACGCGAUGCAACGGCGGCUUACGAGCCUGUUCACCCCUCCGAUGCCCUUGACAAGAACCUUCCACCAGAGGCCCACCUCGGAAACCUUUCUGACAGCGCCGUACAAGAGCUAAAGGAAGCGAAACAGAACGUGACCAAGACAAGGGAAGAGCUGCGAGUAGAGGAGGCGAGGAAUAACAAGCCACCACUGAGCAGAAUGAUAAACGUCCAAGAUAUUGAAGACGUUGCAAAAUCAAUCUUGCCAUACAAAGCAUAUGCCUACUAUGCUUCCGCUGCUGACGAUGAAAUCACUCACAUCGAAAAUGCAAGAGGUUUUGGUAGAUUCUUCUUCCACCCGCGAGUAAUGCGUCCUGUAUCAGGAUGUAAUACUUCAACUACCAUGCUAGGCUACAAAUCAUCAAUACCCGUGUACAUUAGUGGUGCUGCCCUCGCAAGGUUAGGUCACCCAGAGGGAGAAGCAAACUUGACGCGUGGUGCCUAUAAAACUGGGAUCAUCCAGAUGAUAUCCACCAACGCCUCUCUUUCUUAUGGCCAGAUUGCUGCUGCCCGCGGUUCACCAGAUCAACCCAUAUUUUUCCAGAUUUACAAACACAAGAACGACGAGACUGCCGCGAAGCGAAUAAGAGAAGUAGAGUCGUUGGGAUACAAGGCUAUCUUUUUAACUGUCGACGCCCUUAUUCCGGCCAAUCGGGAACUUGACCAUAGGUCACCGCAUUACCUUGAAGACUUCGAAAACCAGGGUCGCAGUGCUAAGCGAACUGAGGAUGCUGAAGAAGGUGAUGUGGACAUCCUCGGCACAGCCGGUGGACUGAUCAUCAAUAACGAUGUUGACAUGACAUGGGAAAGAACGAUACCCUGGAUUAGAAGUGUAACGAAGUUGCCUAUUGUGAUCAAAGGUAUUCAGUGUGUUGCGGAUGCCGUUUUGGCUUGUGAAGCCGGUGUGGAGGGUAUUGUGAUUUCUAACCAUGGCGGCCGGCAGCUAGAAUAUGCACUUCCACCCAUAGAAGUCCUCUACAAAAUACGGAAAGAACGUCCAGAUGUCUUCGACAAGACAGAAGUAUAUAUCGACGGUGCGAUACGCCGUGGAACAGAUGUACUAAAGGCACUUUGUUUGGGGGCCACCGCGGUCGGACUUGGAAGGGCGUUCCUCUAUGCACAGAGUGCGUACGGAGAGGCGGGUGUGGUCAAGAUGGUCCGAAUCUUGCAGCGCGAGAUCAGGUUUGGUAUGGAGUCUCUCGGUGUACGGACGGUGAAGCAACUUGUCCCGGAAAUGGUGGAGCGUGUCGAUUGGCAGCCUGUCAGUGCCAAGCUUUGAAGAGUUGUUGCAGCGUCCAGUAAAAUUGCAACACUUCCCAAGCAAAUCUAUAUCAAUUUAUGUAUAUCACUUAUCAUCUUCUGCGGCACCAUUUAUUGAGAUAUGUAUGUCUGGCUGUAUUAUAUAGCGCCAGUGUUAUCGAGCUAUGAAUCGAAGGAAAUGCUUGAAUACUACUGCCAAUAUACCUGCUGUAGACGUCGUGGAAGGCAGUUGUU